GUAAAAGUGUUUGCUAUCGCUAUCUCUCGUAUCUCAGAGUCACAUUGCCGUUGUCAAAGUGCACUAAAGCAACGAUCGAACAGAUAUUGGAGACCAGUCGAAACACGAACCUUCAAAUGGAGUAAAGGAAGAAGAAGAACGACACCGAGGCCGCGCACUCGUGCGCUGGCGCUAGAGGUUCACGUGGCACCGGAAAAUCUUGCUCGCACUUUCGAACACGCAGCUGACCGUGGCACGCGCAUAUCCAAGCAUCUCUCAGAAGGACGGACCCGGCUUAGUACCCGCCAUGGGCAUCGCUGUAUCCAGCGGCGUACUCGAUGUACCCAGUCUCCUCCACGGCGGCGCAUCAGCCUUCUCAGAAGCAUCGUCACCCCAGAAGUUGCCUUCGUUCACAAUGCACGUCCUGCUUCCAGACGAAGCCGCGGACGACGUCCUCCCGAGGAACGGCGACCUUGUGGUCAAGACUCUGGACGCGGCUGAGGAAGAGGCUCGUAGCAGCUGCGCACCACAUCGGAGGAGGCUUGUCCCGGGGGCCGAGUGCGACAGGAUCGUUGAGAAGGACGCCAAGGACAACCUGGCUGAGUACAACUCCCUGCAAGCACCGCGCACCGUUCAAGGACAUCGGCACCUGGUGGAAGAGGUAUCCAGGGACACCGGGCACUGGGUGAUAUACAGGAAGAGUCCGGAGGAGCCGACUACACGUGCAGCGGCAGCGGCCGGGAGCGGGAAUCGCCAGCACAGGCAUUGCAGCGCAGUCGCGUGGCCCGACUACAGGUUCGAGGCGCUGCGCUGCCGGCCACGCGUGCACCCUGCGCGACAUGCUGCCGCUUCGGUCGACGACGACGAACUCCCGCACGGCCGAGUGCAACAGCGACGCGGUGGCAACGCCAAGCAGCUGCCUUCGGAGGCUACUCACGAGUUCGCCCCGCCCAGAGUAGCCGGCAAUACGGCGUUGUCGGCGCCGAACGGUGCACAGCGACCACAGGAGUGGCCCACCGUCUCGGGCAUCGCCUCACGUGUGCCUGACGUCUACUCGGCGGCAGCUUGUCCCGGCUGUUGUGGCAAGAUUGUUCCACGCUCCGCAGGCGGCAUCUCGGUGACCUUGCCGAGGUCAGGCAGAGAGAGGGUGCGCCCCGUCCGCAGCAUUGACACAGGCCCAGCAAGCCACCUUUGCGGUCUGAUCACUGGAUGCUGGGAAGAUGCUUCAAGAGGCUUUGCGCGUCUUGUAGUGGGAUGUGGCCCUCAUAAGCAUCUCUAUUGUAGGAACUGAACGAGCGGUCCGAGCAGUCGCUGGACAUCUUGUUCUCGUCCGACUGAUCGUCGAAGGCAUUGUAGCGGUUCUUUCUUGGAGGCGUGUUCCCGCAAUGAUUAACAGAAACAAAUAGAAUAAAUAGGUAGAAAUAAAAGUGUAGACAAUCAUUUAUGUUUAGGUACGUUCUAUUAGUAACACAAAGCUUUUCUAAGCACUUCUGGACCACCGCCAAUAAAGAAACGAUCUGUCUCAUGAUAUGCCCUUGCAUGCAAUACACAAUCACCGGCAAGCAUUCAUCUCUGAUUUUCGAUACCAUAUCAAAGAUUAAUAAUAAGCAAGAAAUGCAAACUGCCCCAACACGGAGCCAUGCGGCACACCAGACGUAAAAGCAACAUCAUCCGAGCAACUCCCAUUGAAAACGGCUCUUCUUCAACGCACUUGCUUAACAACAUUGCGCUGGAGGGGAGUAAUAUUGAGUAAUGUUCUAGCUACUUUUACAAUUCACCAUGAUCUCUCAAGUUACUGCUAUCAAAAAUACUAUUACGAGCAAAAUUAGAGUAGGCAUCCGCCGUAUGAGUUUUAUUAAAUUUCUUACCUCAUUAAAACCAAAUUCCAUUAAAUUCAUUACCUCAUUAUAGCUCAAAGUUCAUGCACUCUUUUUAAAAGCAACUUAUGAUGGAACGGGUGUUCUAUCCGCAAAUAUCACUUACCUUGAAUUUCCAGCUCUUAAAGUGAUAUCUCCAUCGCAACAUAUAUCUUAUCGUAUUGAUCAGCUGUAUAAAGAAGGCAUCAAGCCUAGCCACACCAAGUUUCUUGUGCUCCUUUUUGCCUUGCACAUGCCUUCAAUGGAAUAGCCUUCGCGGAGAAAUCCUAAGCAAUACUAAUGAUCGUGAGUUUCAUACAACGCCAUUUUGUGGUUACUUUUUGCAUUGCUGAGCUUGGGCAUGCCGACUUGUGCUGAAGUAGCAAAGAAAUUUCAGGCUCUUCGUGAGGAGGUUGCCAAACUGAAAACUAGCCUAGUGAUGUUUAAUGAUGUCUGUGAAUGGUUCGAAAAAUGGAAAUGAGGCACUGACCAAAGAAAACAAGGUCAUGAGAGAUGAAAAUAAGAAACUUAAUUAGUAAACAAACAUGUGUGGUCUCGAACAAUAUUCCUGACUCAAUAACGCUGAGCUGAAAGCCAUCCACGAGUCAAAAGGCGAAGACUGCCUGGCAGUCGUCCUAACUACUGGUGAGAAUAUUAGUUGCCCAGUCGCCAGUACAGAUACGGGCACUGCACAGCGGGUGCCUUCGAAAAAUGGAAGCCACGUUAUUGGGUGAUUCUGUUCGCGAAACAAGAAGGCUGAAUUCACUAAAAAGGCAAGAAAGACGCGCCUGUCCACCGCCGAGAUAAGGUUUGUCCAGGGCACCGGCCCCAAACCUGUCUAUGCGAACGAUCACCUCACGCCAGAGUGAAAACGCCGUUUUGCGCAGGCACUUGCGCUUAACAGAGCACACCAGUGAAACCACCUAUGGAGCGAUAAUUGCGCAAUCAGAUCCCGGAUGACCGAUGACAGCCGCGUAUAUCGAGUUGCGUGUGCAGAAGACUUUGGUACCUUCCGCUAGAUAAGCUGUCGUUUCUCAUUUUAA